AAAAUUUGUCUAUUUUUUCUUUAAGAUAUCUACCUUUUGAAUCUUCUUAAGAAAUCCAUACGUAACACAAGGACAGAGAUAUUCUUCUAUUGGAUGUGUGGCAUUAUUGAAAAUUUGAAUUUAAAUACUUUUAGACAUGGGACAUUCUCUCUGGUUCACUACAGACCCCACCAGAUCUGCAUGCCAGCAUAUAAUAGUGAAAUACUUUGGCUUAUCACUUGCCUCUAACAGGCUUUCUAGGAGCUUUUGGUUUUCUCAAUCUUUGUAUGCCAAGCUAAUAAAUGUUAACCCUGAUGUGCGUGACCCUUAGAUGCUGGGCUGGAGAGUGGCGAGUGCACAGUUCAUCCUGGCUGUGAUGGUGAUGCUGUGGAGCUCAGGAAAAGUGUUCUCAGUGGAUGUAGCAACAGAGGCCUUUGAUUCUGGAGUCAUUGACCUACAGUCACAGCCCACAGUCAGGGAAGAGAAAUCAGCUACCAAUCUGGCAGCAAAAAUCUUGCUUCUUGAUGAGAAUGAUGUCAUUGAGACAAAGAAGAAAAGGAGUUUCUCUGGUUUCGGGUCUCCUCUGGACAGACUGUCAGCUGGCUCUGUAGAUCAUAAAGGGAAAAAGAGGAAAGUAGUAGAGCAUGCCAAAAGGCGAUUUGGUAUCCCUGUCGAUCGGAUUGGUAAAAACCGGCUUUCAAAUUCCAGAGGCUAAUUGAUUCUAAUUGUGAGUAGAAGUUAAAUAUUUUUGACUAACAUUUCAUAAUUUCAUCCUACUUUAUGUAUUUCCCCUUUUAUUUCUUAGUUUAUAAUUUCCCUUUCAAACAUCUCAGUACUUAACAUACUGAUGCUGAA